UUAAAUUGAAUAAACAAAAUUUUCGUUACCUCGUUAAAAAAAACAUACUCAAGCAUAACGCUGUUCUGUUGUCUCUUGAUCCAUUGUUAAAAAUGUUCAGAGCACACACUGUUAUUCAGUAAAAAAAAUACCAACAAAAAUAUAAAAAUAAAAGUUUCUUAGGUCAAGUAUAACUCGUAUUAUAAAAAAUUAGUUCACAAUUAAGAUGCCUAAUAGAAACAUGUUAAAAACCCAAACCACUUCUCGUUUACCGGCAUUGCAAUCAUCUUUCAUGGGAGCGUAUCCUCCCACUAAGACUCAUGCUACGUCAUACAAUGGAGGCAUCAUUAAUUAUUUUCAAAAAUACAGGAAUGAAGUACUAUCCAGAUUUUCGAUGCCAUCGUAUGAUUGGGGAAGUUCUCGCAAAGUGACGUAUGUACCAAGACCUGAAUUAGUAUCAGCAAUCGGGGUUCAUAAAUAUGAAAAAUCCUUGGCAAUACCAAUAAAUAAUAUCACAACUAUAGAUGCUGGACGUAUGAGAGAGGUUGAUGAACUGUAUAAGGGAGUGCAGAUGCAUCGCCAACAAUAUAAGGAUCACACGAGAAAACUACAUCCUUUAGAUUUCUUCAGGUCUAAUGAGUAUUCGUAUCAGUGUGCACCGAGUCUUUUACCUUCAUAUUUAUUUAAAUAUCCACAAACUUAUAUUGAGUAUAAAUUACCGUCAGUUUUACCAUUGACGUAUGAGAAGAGAAUGAAUACACCAUUUAUUCCUGAUUUAGCAUUUCCAGGAAUAUAUAACUCCGGCAGUUGUAUCGCUUAUAAAAGAUGAUCUUGAAUUAGAAAGGAGUAAUCAGGAUCGUAAAUUGUUAAUUUCUAUCUCGGUUAAUUAAAUAUUGAUUCUUUUAUUAUUUUGAUAUCGAAUAGGUUAUUUUAUUCACUUAUUUAGCUGUUUAAAAAAACCCAAUGCGCUCUCUACAGAGUGUGAGAAACACUUCUUGUUUUAGAUGAUUAAUUAUUGAAAGUACUUUGACUUUGGCAGUACCUUAUCAGAUACCAAUGUGACAACAAUUUUAUUCGAAACUUUCAAUCGAACCAACAUACCCGUUAUGUGCGAUUUGUUCUCUAGUUGUUGCCAACGAAGCACUGUCGACAUUGUCAUUUCCAGUUAUAAGAGAAAUAUUGAUGUCAUACUUCAAUUUUUCAUGGAGUUGAUAAAAAUGAAAGGUAGAAGCAAUCACUGAAAAAAGGGAUUAAACGAGUUUUACCUCUAUAUGACAAAUGUUCGUAAUAUUGUGCGUUUAAUAGAAUAAAUUGAAAGUUUAAGAAUAGGGCGUGGUUUCGUUUGUCAUACAUACAUAAAUCCUACGAUUCUUAAGAGUCGAACGCACUUCUAAUUGUUUACUAACGUUCACCAUUUGCCCGUUGUAUGUCAAAUAACUUAAUUGUUCUCUCGUAUGAUUAGCUAGACUUUUUUAUCAAUUACUACGGAGCACUGAAUAAAUAAAAAAUGCACAUACGGACAUAAUCAUAUGGUGUCUAUUACUAAAUGCUUACGUGGAAUUAUAAUAAAAAUGUACAAAGUGUAUCAGCUAAGAUGCACAUUUGCGAUUUGCGGUAAAACGGUUCACAAUAUAAAAAAUCUGAUGUAAUGUAUAUUUAAUAUUUUCUGAUUG